ACUAAGUUUCUGUACUCUAUUGAAUUUGAUUGUAAAGGUAUUGUAAACUAAAUACAGGCGGUGUAGCCUUGAGGAAGCAACCGUGACAAUUUCAAAUCACUGCCUCACUGCGACAGUUUUAGAAUCUACCUACAUCCGGGCCAUCCGUUGCUUAGCUUAGGUUGACAUGUCGGUAGUGCGAUACGUAUCGGCCACUGCAGUAGCCGUCUCGGCCGCCGGUUACUUUGGUUACCGAUGGAAGUGGAAGACUGACUCGGCGACUGAAGCCGGUUCUGAACGGUCUAACGUGUUUAGUCAAAAGUUGGAGCUUCUCACCAGGUCUGAGCAGUUGAAGAAGCUGAGGGAGACGUCCGAAUAUGAUGUGUUGGUGAUAGGAGGAGGAGCUACGGGUUGUGGGGUUGCUCUGGACGCUGUUACAAGAGGUCUGAGUACAGCCCUUGUUGAAAAGGAUGACUUCUCUGCUGGAACGAGUAGUCGUAGUACCAAGCUUGUCCACGGUGGAGUUCGAUAUCUACAGAAGGCGAUUAUGAAUCUAGAUAGAGAACAAUACAAGAUGGUGCGCGAGGCACUUCACGAAAGAUACAACUUUCUAGACAUUGCUCCUCAUCUGACCAGUCAGCUGCCAAUACUACUGCCUAUCUACAAAUGGUGGCAGCUACCAUACUAUUUUGUGGGCAUUAAAAUGUACGAUAUACUUUCCGGCAAGAAGCUGUUAAAGGGCAGUUACAUGGUAGGGAAAAGUCAUGCACUUGAAAAGUUUCCAAUGUUAAGGAAAGACUCGCUGGUGGGAGGAAUAGUUUACUAUGAUGGUCAACAGAAUGAUUCUCGUAUGAACCUGGCUCUUGCACUGACAGCAGCUCGUGAAGGUGCCACCAUAGCCAAUCACGUCACAGUAACGGGUUUGAUCAAAGAGCAGAGGAAGGUGGAAGACGGCACAACAAAAGAAGUUGUGUGUGGAGCCAAGAUGAAGGACUGUUUGACUGGCAAUGAGUGGAUAACGCGCGCUAAGAGUGUGAUUAACGCCACAGGACCAUAUAGUGAUGUCAUACGGAAGAUGGAUGAUGCAGAUGCGAGAGAAAUGUGUCUACUCAGUGCAGGAAUACACAUUGUUUUGCCUGAUUAUUACAGUCCUGCUGAUAUGGGUCUUCUUGAUCCAGCCUCAAAAGAUGGUAGAGUUAUCUUCUUUCUUCCUUGGGAAGGUAGGACAGUGGUUGGUACGACUGACUCAAUGACAAACUUGACUGAUCAACCGAAGCCAGCAGAAGCAGAUAUUAGGUUUAUUCUGGAGGAGAUACGAGGCUAUCUGGAUCCUGGCGUUCAAGUUCGAAGAGGAGAUGUCCUAGCUGCAUGGAGUGGCAUUCGUCCUCUUGUCAGAACCCUCGAUGCGAAAGACACACAAUCGAUCGCAAGAAACCACGUUAUCGUCGUAAGCGACAGCAACCUGGUGACAAUCGCCGGUGGCAAGUGGACAACAUAUCGUCAAAUGUCAGAAGACACAGUCGACAAGGCAAUCGAAACGUGUCAACUGGAUUGCAAACAGCCAUGCAAGACGGUUGGAUUCAUGCUCGAAGGUGGAGAUCGGUAUUACGACCUUCUGUUCAUUAGACUGUGCCAGGACUUUGGACUGGAAGUCGAGGUUGCUGAACAUCUGGCACAAACAUAUGGCGACAAAUCUCCUCAAGUUGCCAAACUAGCGGCUAUAACUGGUCAUCGGUGGCCAGUCGUGGGCAAGAAACUUGUUGAGGAGUUUCCAUAUAUUGAAGCUGAAGUGACGUAUGCUGUACGUCACGAGUAUGCAUGCACGGCUAUUGACAUGGUGGCUCGUCGUACUCGGUUGGCGUUUCUGAAUGUUCAAGCGGCUGACGAGGCAUUGCCGGCGAUCGUUCGAAUUAUGGGGAAGGAGUUGGGAUGGAGUAGCGCUAAACAGAAGAAAGAGCUAGAAGAUGCUCGCAUGUUCUUACAAGGCAUGGGAUACGAGGCGCGGAGUGAACUGAAAAACAUUCCCAUCAACUUCAGUCCAACAGAAAUACAGAAAUACACUCAGACCUUCAUGAGAUUCGACUACAACAAAGACGGUCACAUAACAGUGUUGGACAUUCGAAAGGCUUUGAAUGAUAUUGGAGAAUCAGUUAGUGAGGAGCAGCUGCAUGAUCUCAUCGCUGAGGUGGAUCUGAAUAAGAACAGUAUGUUGGAGCUCGAUGAGUUCUUGCAGCUAAUGAGCUGCUUGAAGACGGGAGCGAUCUCAAACAGUCGUCUCGCAACGAUCAUCAAGAACUACGAACAGCAGGUUCCCGUCGACCGCAGCGGUGGCGGCAUCUAAUCCACUGACCAUGCCACAAACACACCGCAGUG